AUGGCGAAGGUCGCCGAAGGUAGCCUCAGCUCGGCUGCAUUCGUUCCCUCCGCCGCCGGAGCCGUCGACCACGCCAACGGCGGGAGCACGCCCGACAAGGCGGCUCGCAAGAAGCGCAAGACGCACACGCAGCACUCCUUCAACUGCUGGGGCCACGAGAUGUCGCGCGGUUCAAUUGCUCGACUGUGUGGAGAAGUGCUCCUCUCUGCCGGCGGCGGAGCCUUUCGAGAGCACUUUUGCAGCCGGUGCAGGUCGGGGGGAGUAUUAAUCGCGGCGUCGCGCAUUUUCAUCGCUCCUCGCGGCCUGAAGAACCGGCGCACAGAAGGCGUGUGGAACGAAUGCACCCCAUCCGCGACGACGCCGCUGCCGCCGCACCGCGUCGUCAACCAGACCUCAGACUGCACCGGGCCCACGCUGGUCGUUUUGCGGGACGAGGCGCCGGGCGCUCCGCUGCCCGGCCUCAUCCCACUCGCUGCCAGCAGCGCGGUUCAGAGCCAGAUUCAGCGGACGCCGUCCGCCGCCGCCGCCGAUGCAUGCGCGGCUUCCGCGCUGAUUGGGCUCGCGUUGCCGCCUGAGCGGCGCGAGGGCGGCGCAGCCUCCUCGUUGGCCAGCCAUGGCGGAGCGGCGCCGGGUUGGAUGUCGCGCGCAGCGCCCGCCUCUAUGCCGGCCCCCGCCCCGCCGCACCAGCCGGUGCCGCCGCCGAUGCACGCUCUGCCGAUGGCGGUGGCGGUGCCGAUUGCGGUGGUGAUGCCGGUGGCGGCGACGCCGAUGAUGCCAGUGGUGACGGUAAUGUCGAUGCCGAUGCCGCCGAUGCCGUACUCAUGCUCCGUGGGGGCAGGCGCCUCGCUGCCCUCCCCAGGGUACAUCCCGCCGGCAGACGUCCAGACCGCCAGACUGGGGGCCAGCGGCAAUGGCGGGCUGGGCAGCACACCGCCACCGUCGCCUCCAGAGGUGAGCGGCGAGCUGAGUACCUCUACCACGCCGCCCGCGCCGCCGCCCGCGCCGCCUGCAGGACGCCAGCCGCACAUGCCGGCGCCACUGCUCUUCGCGCCGCGCUCGUGGCUGCCGCUGGCGCGUCUACCGAUCCCGGCCGUCCUCGUCGCCUCGGCCGCCAUCCCCGUCCUCCUCACCAACGGGCUGGCCUCCUUUGGCGCGGGCGCUUCGGCGGGCGCGAGCUACGUCACGCUCGCCCUCCUGCUGACGCCACGCACGCGGCGCGCGCUCUCGCGCUUGCCUUGCGGCGCCGUGCUCCGGCAGGCGCUGGCAUUCUUGGCCGUGGUCUUUUGGGUCCGCUCCCACUCCGCCUCGUACUACGACCAAGAGCCACGCCCCUCGGUCCCGCUCUGGAUUGCGCGGCCCGGCGCCUUCACGCUGCCCUUCUUCGCGGCCGCCUACCUGACCCAGCUCGCUUCGGGCAACGGACGGCUGGCGGGGCACGUCUGGUGCGCCGCUUGCAUCCUCGUCCCCGCCACGGCUGUCGCGACCAUGUUUUUGCGGCCGGCCGCGGCCAUCGAGUCGGAGCUCCUCCACCACACGAGCAGCUCGCCACUCAAGUUCGCCGUGACCUUCUCGCUCGGGCUGGUCCACAGUGCACAGCCGCGCAGCACCUCGUUCAAGCUCCUCCUCGCGGCGGCGUUGGUCGCGCUGGGCUCGUCGGUCCUCGCCGUCGCCUACCUCCGCACGGGCGACGGGCGGUGGGUGCGGACCGUCAUCCACCCGCUCGGCUUGCCGUUUGCCCUGCCGGCCCUACUCCCGCACGCGAUCGAGGCGGAGCUUUGGCGCGGCGUGACGAGAGCUCUCCAGCGCCUGAGAGGCGACGGCCGCCGCCGGCACCGCGGCGGCACACAUGUCGAGCGUUAG